CUGCGUAGUGAAUACUCCUCGAUUUGUGACAAAUUGCAAAUACCUUAUUAACUAUGAAUUUUUUUAAAUAUAUUUAUAACACAGCGUGCUAUGGACGUGUACGAUGACCUUUUGUUAACAAAAGAUUUUAAAAUCGAGUGUGUGGAAAUUUUAGAUAAACAUAACCUCACAAAAUUAACUAUUUAAACAUUACAUACAAUAAAAUUCUAUUGAUUAAAUAAAUAUGCAUUAGUUGGGCGCCAAUUUAAAAAAAAUUGUUUAAACAAUGUUUAAGAGAUGAAUAUAGGAGUGGAACAACAUGGUCUUGAGUACAGAGUGGUCUCAAGUGGAAGUGAUUGAUUUAAUAAAUGAUGGAUCUGGUCUGGGAUUUGGAAUUGUCGGUGGCAAAAGUACAGGAGUCGUUAUAAAGUCGAUUCUUCCCGGAGGAAUAGCUGACAAAGACAGCAGACUGCAGAGUGGCGACCAUAUUUUGCAAAUUGGGGAAGUUAAUCUGAGAGGUUUGGCUGCUGACCAAGUUGCCUCAGUGCUACGACAAGCUGGGCCUCAGGUUAGAAUGGUUGUGGCCAGACCGGUGGAACCGAGUUCCAACGACUUUCAAAACGUCGGUUGCAACGCACCCAUAGUCCCAACAAAAAUACUAACCGAUCCAGAAGAACUAGACCGUCAACUGACCGAAAAUGGUUAUUCUACUUUUUUCAGUUUUACACAGGAAGAAGACAUUUGUUUAGACAGCGAAAAUACCGAUAACGAGCUUCUAGAUUUAUUCGAAAACGGAACUGUUAACGAAACUAUCAACGGAAUUGAAGACGUUAAGAAUGUAGAAGAAGUGGUUGUGCCGGAUACGAUCCCAGAGAUUAAUUUAAAUAGUAUAGAGAAGGUUUCUCCCUUAAGUGAGGGGCGAUUGUUUAUUACUCCGGUUGAUAUUGAGUAUACGCCCGAAACGGACCGAUUUUCAGUCAGUUUGCAUAAAAACGAGUUUGGAUUAGGGAUUACUAUAGCUGGAUAUGUGUGCGAGAGGGAAGACCUUUGUGGGAUAUUUAUUAAAGGAUUAAAUGAAGGAAGUGAAGCAUACAAAUGCGGCAAAAUCAACUUAAACGAUAGGAUAGUCGAGGUAGAUGGUCAAUCGCUGCAAAAUUUUACGAAUUACGAAGCAGUAGAUAAAAUAAAACAGACCGGUGACGAAGUAGUACUCACUUUAGAACGAUAUUUACGUGGACCCAAAUAUGAGCAUCUCCAAGAAGCGCUAGCAAGUCAAGAAAAAAAUGACAGUGCACCAGCUUCGCCAUCACAAACAACCUUAAGUUGGAUACCUAUUGAAAAUGCAGAGCAAAUUCAAAUAGAACCUGAAGGAGAAUCGGUUAUAAGCAUAAACAGCGAGAUAUACGACCAAAACCGCGAAACUAAGGAGAUAUUUAUUGAAGAAGAUUUUGAAGCCAAUCCAGAGGAUGACCUUGAGACGGCCAUCAAAAACAAAUGGGAAGGUUUGAUUGGUGAAGAAGGCGACAUAGUGGUAGCCAACUUGACAAAACUAACGGGCUUGGGUAUAAGUUUAGAAGGUACUGUAGAUGUUGAGGGUGGCGUAGAGUUGCGUCCUCAUCACUAUAUUCGUUCCAUAUUACCUGAAGGUCCAGUCGGUCAAAACGGGAAGCUGACUCCCGGCGACGAGUUGUUAGAGGUGAACGGUCAAAAAUUAUUAGGAAUCAAGCACGUCGACGUGGUGAAAAUAUUGCGGGAACUGCCCAACACGGUCAGAUUAGUUUGUGCCAGGAAAUACGAAUGCAAUCGCGUUAUCAACACCUCUCAGGACCAAGAGGCGUUCGAAACGCGGAACAUAUUAGGCGGGAGUCUUAAAAAUUUACUGCCGCAACCUGAACAAAGGCUGCUCAAGGCUUUAAGCGAUACGAGUCUAAACACGUCGAGCACCGUGACUGUGACGGACGAACCCAGCCUGCAAAAAACCAAAUCGCGGUCCCUCGAAGUGACAAACCUGGCCAUGUGGUCGGACGAUAUCGAAUACGUGGAGCUCCUUAAAACCGACCGCGGCCUCGGUUUCUCCAUCCUCGACUACCAAGACCCUCUGGAUCCGAAAGGCACGGUCAUAGUCGUGCGCAGUCUGGUCCCGAACGGCGCGGCCGAGCACGACGGAAAAAUCACGCCGGGCGAUCGGCUGAUAAGCGUUAACGGCAACGUUAUCAAAAAUUCGACGUUGGAUCAGGCGGUGCAAGCGCUAAAAAGUACGCCGCCGGGGCUGGUGAAGUUGGGAAUUUCGAAACCGUUACCGAAUUCUAGAGCCAGCGGUACCUCCACGAACAACCACGCUAAAUCUUAAUUUCUUCCCAGUAUAUCGACGCUUGCUCUUUUAGAUCAAAUAUUUAUUGGGUGCAACUUAUUGAAGGUAAAAAGUCCAUUUUAAAAAGUUAUUCUCGUAAACCGUUAUUUUUUAUUACAGAAUUUUCAAAAUUUUUCUCUUAC